UCCUCCAAGUUCUUCUAACCUCCUCGUGUUCUUCUGUUCACCAAAGCAAACAAUAUUAGUCUUUAACACAUCAAAUAUUCAACUCUCUUAAAAACAAAAACUAACCCAUCAAAAUUAAAUUUAAACACUUUCAUUUCCCACAUUCUAUAUUAAUCUCUCUCUUUCUCUAUUAGGCCUAGUUUGGGAAGACUAAAUAAGUAUAUUUUUUGACUUUUUAUGAAAUAUGGGUUAGAUUUGGGUUAGGUUUGAAGUGAUGUAUUAGAGAGGUGAUGUGAUUUAAAUAAGAUGAUGUGACUUAAAUAGGAUAGUGAUUUUUUGACCUUUCGUCUUUUUUUAAUCAUGUCAAAUUUGGCCUUAAUCUAACACCCAUCCAACAACUCUGAAUGAACUAGAAAAAACAGAGAAGAAGAAGAUUAGAUUGUGCACACAGAUCAUGUCAAAUGACAGAGUCGAUCAUCAUGCUUUUCGCGUCGCGUUAAUAUUUUUAUUACUCUUAACUAUAGGUACAAUUGUUGUGGGAGAGUUAUUAGAUUUUGAUAAAGAAGUAUUGGUGAGCUUAAAAAUCUUCCUCGAAGAUCAGAAUCACAUGAAUCGAGGAAGAUUCUCCGACUGGAAUCAACCCCGCACGCCCCCUUGCGCGUGGCCCGGAAUUUCAUGCUUUGGAGACCGUGUCACUGGCAUUGACCUCUCCGGCAGCGAAAUCUCCGGCGGCAUGUUCGGAAACUUCUCAGCUUUCACCGCCCUAACCCACCUCAAUCUCUCCGGAAACACCAUUUCCGGUGAAAUUCCGGCGGACUUAGGCGGUGCCAGAGCCUAAAAUUUUUGAAUUUGUCUCACAAUCUCAUUGCGGGCGAGCUCAACUU